CAUCAUUUAUGACAUCAUAAGACUGAGGAAGAUAUGACGGUUUCCACCAGUGCGGCUACAUGUACAGGUUAGCAAUCGAACUCUCGACUCAAACAGAGAUUUCCUGCAAUAGGUUGAUUUCCAACAAGAAUCAACAAGUUACGGUGCAGAAAAGGGGAGGCUGUCUUAACUGAGCCAGGUCAAGGAAAUCUGGGUGACUUCCUGAUUUGAGCUGAAGACACAGGCUAAAGUCUUUCUCAUUGCUCCAAGAACUCCAUGACGGGAAAAGCAGUACCGGUAUUUUGGAAACUGUGCACCACACUCAAGGCCAAACACGGAAGCGCAUCAUGUUGGAGGAUUGCGUUUUCUCGAGUUAAAUAUUGAGACGGACGACUCAUACAGCAAACUCAAAAUGAGUCAGGAGGAACAAUGUGAAGGGACCGGCCUGAAGGAUGUCUUUGACAUACUAGCCGGAGUCCCACCGGAGCAAGUGCUUAGCCUGACAUUCCAGCUCGGUGAGUCUCCUGAAGAUCAUAUCAUACAUGCCUUGUGUCUGAUUAUUCUACGUAAGGAGGAAAAAGCCCUUGACAAACUCCAUAUGCUGGUGGAUAAUGAAUUUGCCAAGCUUCUGGCGGAACUAUGGACUAAGAGCGGGUGUAAAUUAGAAGGAUUUGCAGAGCACUGUGGUAAAUCUCUGGAUUUGACGGGAGAAUCUUUGGCAGCGCUGGCUCGCGUUUUCAAAAUUCUGUCUGAGCACGGAAUGUGUGAUCAACUUUUAAGGAAUCUGGCAUACAAGAGGGCCCUCAGCAGCAGCAGUCAAAAAACUGAAAAUCAUGAGGAAUUGUUGUAUGAUCAACUCAAGGAGGAAGCAAAAGAUGUGUGUGGGCCUCAGCUAGCAGUGUGGAUGUGUUCCUCUGGAAAUCUCAAGUCAGGCUCUUACGAUACCCCUAACAGCCAGGUCGAAGGCAUUACAACACUGGUUCGAAGUCUUCCCACCACGCUGCAGUCAAGCUGCUCUGAGCUAUCAUAUCCCACACAUCUGGAGAUCAGCCUGCCUCCAACGAUCCCGUACGAGGGGGACACAGUAACCCCAGAAGCAUCAGGAAGCCAUGAACAAAGCCCUAUUGACAGCCGAAAUGACAGUAAUUCCCCCGAGCGAUCUCACCUUUCAUCUGUGGAAUCACAGCCAACGUCAAGUGAAGCUCCUGGACUGGAACAGUCAAAGACGGAUGCGGCAUCUGGAACAGAGCGAGGAAAGCAUCAGGACAGGAGGUUCAACAUGAAACAAUCUUGUCACCAAAGCAUCACGCCAACCACAGGAUCAAAACCUUCACUGCCAUUUUCAACAAACCAAGUUCUACCCAGAAGAACAGUCUCAGUAGGGGCCCAUUUAAGUCAAUUUGGAGAAGAAGAGGAUGAGGUCACAUUUUAUUCAUUUGUCAUCCUUCAUGCUCCGGAAGAUAGUGAGGUAGCAGAAAGCAUGAAGGAAAAACUGGAGACCAUUAUCGGUAGUAAGGGCGCAAUUUUCUCUGAUGACUUUGCUGUACCUGGUAAGAGCACCUUAAGGUGCAUAGAGGACGCCAUCAACAACUCAGCUUUUACUAUUCUGCUGCUCACCCAGAACUUCAACACGCGUAUGUUGGAGGUGAAGACGAACUCGGCCCUGAUCAACUCCAUUAAUAAGCAACACAAAUACAACACUGUUAUACCUUUGCUACCUAAGGAGAACCGCAUGCCCAGACACCGCAUGCCUAUCGUGCUGCAGACCAUCGUUUCGCUUGAGGAGAACAAAAGCUUUGAGACCAAAAUAAAAAAGGCUUUAUCGCCAGCAAAAAUUAAUCGGCAGAGAAGCAUUUGGUUGGAAGAGCAGAGAACACAUCAAAGGCGACUGCCCCAAGGGUGUGAAGCAGCACACAUGCUGGAAAAUCUCAACUUCCUGGGCUCAGUGGACUUUUCCAGCGCGCCAUCCGUUUUGCAGCAGCAUCCUAACAUUCAUAUUGAAAAUGCUAGCUAUGUUAUGAUCGGCAACGACUCUCAAAUGACUGUGGAUUACUGUGGCGUGAAAGAGAGAGAUCCCAUUGUUAGAGAAGACAGGAAAUAAAUAGAUGGCACAAUAUGGGUAAAAAAAAAAAAAUCAUAACAUCUGAAAUGAGAUAUCUAUUUUUCUAGACACUAAAAGGUUUUAAAAGCUCCUGGGUAUGAUUACCAUGCUGUUAAUCAUUGCGUUUCUAGCUGUUUAUACACUUAAAAAAAAUCUCUAAAACUGUCUAGGAAAUGCAGUCAAAUGAAUUGUCACUACAUGGAGGGGACUGGAUGAAUGUUUAGCCGAAGAGUACCAUCUACUGGCAGAAUUGUGAUUCACAGUACUGUCUUUUUUUAGACCUUACAAGUGGUUAGUUAGCAUGUCUGCCUCAAGGUUCUGAGGUUGGGGUUUUAAAUCUCAUCUCCAGGCUUUUGAAAUGCGUGUAUCUUCCUGUGCUUGAAUGGAUUUUCCACAGGUACUUUGUAUCCUUCCACAUUCCAAAAGGAUCCAUCUUAAGUUAACUGAAGACCUACAUAGGUGUGAAUAUGAGUGUGACUGGCUGUUCGUGUUGGUGCCCUGCGAGGUUGUGAUUAAUCGGUGAGCUUUCCAAGGUAUAACCCCACCUCGCGCCCAAAGUCAACUGAUCAAAUCAAAUUAUUUUUGUAAUUCUCACUGAGACUUGUGCACCUCUCAGCAGGUAUUGGCCCACUCUUCAGUUGUCUCAGGUUGCUUUCUUCAGGUGGCAUGUUUCAGCUCCUUCCACGGGUGUUCAGUACAUUUCAAAUCAGGGUUCAUACGGAGACACUUCAGAAUAUUCCAAUCGUUUGCGCUUAGUUAUUCUUGCGUGUUUUUGGCUGCAAGUUUUGGGUCAUUAUCCUGACAAGACCCCUGACUUGUUAUUGAGACCAACAUUUCUGGCAGUGGGUAACUUAUUUCUUUUUUGAAAUCCUUGAUAGUCUUGAGAUUUCAUCGUACCUGCUGCCAGGUGCAAUGGCACAAAGUAGCCCAAGAACAUAAAAGAACCUCCUUCAUGUUUCACUGGAGGGAGGGUGUUCUUUUCUGGGAAUGUUUCAUUUUUGCAGGGGUACCAACAAUCUUCUUUGCAUGUACAUUUUUAAAUUCUAUUGCGCUGCACAGGUGGAAGCCUUUCCCCUGUAGUAUUCUUGUUUGUCAUCACCGCGUUGUCUGAGAGUCGGUCAGCGCCCAGUCCGUGUUCUAAUGUGAACUGAAACUGAACGAUGACUGAAAACAUUGGAGUUUCCCCAUCAAGUGUGUCUUUUUAUUUGUAAUCUCAAAAUUCCCUUGUGUCCCUCCGUGGGAGUAAUGUUUCCAUCCUUUGUGAGCACAUACACCACUCACAAAAAGUUUGGCAAUCGGGUGGAAUUUCAGAAUGAACAUAAAAGGAACUAUGACCUUAACAGGUGAACUUAAUUUUGACCUUGUCUCAUCUUUCGAAUACACAUGUCCAAACAUU